GGGCGCCUAAGACACCGGGAAGGCGGCGCCGCGCGAGGGGACAACUUCGCCCCGGAGCCCGCGCCCGCUGCCCCCGGCCGGGCUCGCGGUGGUUCCUCCCGUCCCUCGGCCUCCCCCGCCGAUCGAGACGCGGACCUUGGUCCCGGCGGCUCCGCGGCGGUGACACGAGCCCGCCUCAGCCGCCGCCUCAGUCUCCUGCCGCGCCGCCACCUUGCCCGCACCAUGGAGUUCUCCGAGAGGAAAAGAAGCAGGAAAUCCCAGAGCUUCAAACUGAUUAUCACCAUGAGGUGUAUAAGAUCUCAGAAUUCAGCCACGAUGUUAAUGGGGAGACCAAAGAGACACAACCCAUUUUUUUAGGAGAUGAAAACAUGGAAAUUAAAAAACAAAUUACAGGGAUGAGAAGAUUACUGAAUGACAGCACUGGGAGGAUAUAUCAGCGUGUUGGCAAAGAAGGAGAAAAACUAAAAGAAGAGCCCCAGGAUUUGGAGUUAGUCUGGCCUCAGCGUUUGAACUCCUCUGCCGAGGCCGCACAGGGCCUCCAUCCUGCUUCACGUGGGGCAUGGAAUGAACUACCAGCCCAAAGCGGGCAGUUCUCAGGGCAGUAUGGUACACGUUCUAGAACCUUCCAGAGUCAGCCCCACACCUCUGCAAGUUCUAAUGGAGAACUUCCAGGGGUGAAUUCAUCAGCUGGAUCUAACUGUUGUACUUGUAACUGCCAGUCAACAUUGCAGGCCAUUCUCCAAGAACUCAAGACCAUGAGGAAAUUAAUGCAGUUUCAAGCAGUUGGAACACAAAACAGACAACAACCCCCAAUUUCCCUUAUGUGCUCCCAGCGAACCGCUGUCUCACGCAAGAGAAAUAAGAAGAAAAAAGUGCUCCCAAAGACCGUGGAACCUGUGAGUGUGAAACCAAAGCCCGGUCCAUUGGAAGCUGAGAAGAAGCCAGCAGCCGUGGCCACAAGGCCAUCUGGUCUCCAAGCCACAGAGCACACCUCCAGAGAGGAGAGCCACGUCCUGGGAUUUGGCAUUGUUCUCGAAUCGCCUUCCUCAGAUCCAGAAGUGCAACUUGCUGAAGGCUUCGAUGUGUUUAUGCCUAAAUCUCAGCUGGACUCUAUAUUGUCAAACUACACUCGCUCAGGAAGCCUUCUGUUUAGAAAACUGGUGUGUGCGUUUUUUGAUGACAAGACUUUGGCUAACUCCUUACCCAAUGGGAAGAGGAAAAGAGGACUCAAUGACAACCGGAAAGGACUAGACCAAAACAUUGUGGGUGCAAUAAAAGUCUUUACAGAGAAGUACUGUACUGCGAACCAUGUGGAUAAACUUCCUGGCCCAAGAGACUGGGUACAGAUUCUACAGGAUCAAAUCAAACUGGCCAGAAGAAGAUUAAAAAGAGGCUCAGCAGAGGCAGCUGACGGUGAUGAAAAACUGGACGGCAUUUCUCUACCACCUACAGGUAAUAUAUUUGUCACCAGGAGAGAGACCGCGGAGGACCCGGAUUUAGGCUCCAUUGCCUAGACCUGCAUUUUAGCAUACUCUUCUUCUGUUUCCUCAAAGGUUCCCGGAGCAGUUGAGGUUCCUGCAGUGUGGGUGUUCUGUGGUGGCUUGUCCUGUCUGAGUCAUUUCUUUGUAACAUGUAGUAUCACAACUCCAAUCUGGCAUCAUAUUUUCUUCAAAGAAAUCAAGCUUAGAGUUGUUACUGUUCAAAAGUCCAGCGUGUGUGACCCAUCAUAAAAAAGCAGUUCUCGUCCUGGUUUUAUUCAUUCAUAAUCUCUGUGUGAAUACACAGUCUUCUUAAACGUAUUUAUUUUAUUGUAAAUUGCUUAGCUGCAUGCAGAGGAGACCUCUCUCUAGGCCUGACGGAAGUUACAAAGUAGCAGCGCUAACUAACCCUUCAGCCUAGAGAAGGGAAGGUAGUUCUGGGAGAUGGGAUGGCUCUGACCUGGUCUGUGAAGUCAUUUAUGACCUCAGUCAUAGUGACCUGAAACAGUCGUUCUGAACUGGAGUACAAAUGAUGUAUGAAUUCUUAGGAAAUAAAACACUUUUACGUAAUUUAUGAUGAUGCAGUAACAAAAAACUUAACUCAGCACAACCAGACAUCUGCUUAGGAGCCAUCAAGCUUUUAAAUAUGGUUUAAACUGAGUAGCUUUGACCCUGUUUUCAUGUUCCUCCUAUAGUUUAUCUGGUCCCUCAUACACUUGCCUUCUACUUUAUGUAAAACUAGAUAUGAGAAAAAUCUGGGUUUAUUUUAAAGAAAUCUUUGCAGUACGGAUAUUGCUUUACCUCCACAUGUUUCACUAAUGAAAUAAUGCGUUGAAAUCAACGUACUUAGAGAACCUUGCGGCAAACCUUAUUUAUCAUGUAAAGCAAAUUGCCUUGAAUCUUGGGCACUUGACACAGAAGGCCAAAAAUUGUCAUAAAAAAGACAGUAAGAGUCAAUGCACCAAACCCCAGGGAUUAAAAACUGCCAUGACAAUAGCUUAGCCUUUUGCCUAGUGUUAGAGCCAACAGUUAGUGCUGCUGGGACCGCCUCGCCCUCUGCUCUGCCUGAGAGAACUGAGAAGUAGGUAAGGGGUUGCCUGGGAUCGGGUUUCUCUUCAUGGCCAGCUGGACGUAGAACCUGGACAUCCAGUGUACCGUGUCACUUCCUACUGAACAUGUAGUGCUAAGGACAGGAGGACUAGGGCAGUACUCCACUGAGACCAGCCGCUCAGUGAGGCGAUCUGUGACAUCCCUGGAAUGUGACACAUGUGCUCUUAGGUGUUGCUCGUGGAGUCGUCUAGCAACUAGACAGCAACAUCUCACAUGUGAACCUUUCUGACUCUUCCUUUGGAGACUACGGAUGGCUUAGAAAUUAUCCCCAUCGACCCUUUCAGUUGCCGGUUCUGUUGCCAGCCAGCCCUGAUCCUUUUGUUUUACUGAGUGUUCUGGUGAGCUGCAGACAAGCCAGGGCUUUUGUUUAAUUGCAGCAGAUCCUGGAGAAAAAAAAAAGUCUUCUGCCUCCUAGGAUGAAGUCCUCCUCAAGGGAACAGAAAGGCUGAAUUAGUGCCCUUCACUGUAUUAAAUGGUGACGGAUUUGUUUUUAGUACAGGGGGACCAUAUACUUACACUGCAGGCCUGUUCAGUACACACUAUAAACCUUCCAAAAGCGCUUCCUUCCAAGCCUCGGCGGCAGCUUGGAGUCUUCAAUACUUGAGGAGGGUGGGGAUCUUUCAGCUCGCAGACAGGCACCGUGGAUUCACAAAGUGGAAAGGCGGAUCAGAACUGCAACAGUGAAAUCAUAUUUUGUAAGUUUAAAUUGUAUUUGUGUUAACUUACUGUGACUACUGUUUGGCUUUGUUCAGAAACCCUUUUUAUAGGCUUUCUUAGCAAAAAAAAAAAAGGUCCAUAUCUAUGGAUGUGUCUCAAUCUCUUGUGUACAUAUGUUUUAUUAAUAUGUAAAUAUUCAGAUUUUUUAAAUUACUAUGUUCUUUUAAAAAGAAUUCAAUGUAAAGCUAGUUGUGAAAAUGGUGUGUAACACUGUGUUGUGAUAUCAACUCCCAAGA